AUGUCAUUUUUCCAGACUAACCACUUUUUACGGAACUCCAAGUUCGAGGGGUACAAGCUCUCUCCAAUAUCCCAGGACCAAGCCGUAUCGCAUUAUGCUCUCGAGCACAAACCUUCGCAAGCCAAUGUCUCCGGUCGAUCCCAUGUAUCGUUUCAGGAGGUGCAGAGCCGUAUAUCGCAUAACCAUCUCACAAUAUGCGAGCAGAACGAGCGAGCAGUCUACAUUGAUGGCGAAUUACGAGUCAUAUCCGUUGAUCUAGACAAGGCCGCACUCGUUCCUUCCUUCAAGGUGCUGUACGAAAUUCCGAGACCGAUCCAGUCUCCUGCCAUCGACUCCCCUCAGCGCGAGUACCCAUCCGCCGCCUUCCUCCAUCCGUCACUUCUAUUCGUGUCGGAUGGCUACGGGUAUGUAUAUGCGCUUCGCAUCUACGAAACGGAUCAAGCAGAGCUACUCGGGGUAUACGAACUCUCCGUUCCGCAUGCACUUGGGUCAUCCAAGGCUACGGUCCCUGUCAGAAUGCAUCAGGCCGUGCAGGCGACCGCUCAGGCAGCUGUGGUGGUUCUGUCCUCUAAACAUUACCCGCGUGAUUCAGCUUCGCCGGAUGGUCAGACUCGCGGCAAGCCUGCGGUUGAGUUCGAUGUAUGGGCUGUCCGUUUCGCCUUACCAAUAGUCCCGUCGGAGGGGGCACCGCGGUCCUUGGAUAUCCUCUGGCACCGGCGGGGAGAGGACGUGCCCUUGUACACGACGUAUGACGAGACCCGAAGCGCGUUCCUAUUCGUAGGCGGAUCGCCUUACCGACCACUUGGGGUACCAGGCCCUCAGGAAUACGAGCCGUCUGCAGACGAGUUAGCACCUAUUCCCCGGCAGGCGGAAGACUUGGACAACGUUACAAACGUCUCACAGCCAAUAAAACCUCCUCCGUAUUCUUGGACCCAGACAGAUGAUUCGGUGACGUUAGCCAUUCCCCUUCCGUCUUCCACACCCACAGAGGACAUCAAGAUCGCGUUCUCGCCUACCACACUGACAGUGCUCGUCCGCGGGGAGUCCGCCAUGGUCGGUGACAUCAAGCUGCCACACUACGACUUGAAAAAGCUCUGGGAUAAUAUUCACGCAUCGUCCAGCAUGUGGACAUGGGACCGCGCCGCGGAGCACCGGUUCGGCGUGCUCUCGCUGCAUCUCGACAAGCAGCACGAUGGGACACGCUGGUCGCAGGUCUUCGCGGCAGCGGGUACCUCCGCUGGCAGUCCCGCGAGCCACGAAAAUGUCGAAGUCCCCGAGACGCUUGACCCGUCCGAGCUCUGGAACAUCCGCGAAGCGCUCGAGAAGUACACCGCUGCUCUGAACGAGGGGCAGGAUGCGAGCGGCCUGGGUCUUGGACGAGGAGUGCCGCGCCUUGCCGAGGGCGAGAUGGAUGACGAGGUGGACUUGGCGGUCGGGCGAUUGGUUUAUUUGACAUGGGUGGGCGUAGACGGUGCUCACCUCCCGUGGGCCGAUCAGGACAUCGAUGCUGGUCCUAUCAACGUGCUUUCAACGCCUUUCCCCGGCGUCCGCGGUGCUGCACGGCCAACGCUGGUGGUUAAAAAUGACCUUGACGGAGUGGUGUACACGCUAAGUGCCGGCAGCGGUCAUGGUGAUCCUCCAGCCUGGAGUCAUACAUCGACGUUCUCUGCCCUUUCCUUCGUCCUCGCAUCGAAGCGCGACACCCGGUUCACCUACCAUAUAUCACAGGACGCCGUUUUCGCGUUUGAGAGCGGUUCGGGAGAUUCGGGAGGGAACGUCUACAUCUAUCGCGGCGUGCCGACACGGGAGAAGUGGGCCAAACAAGCGGUGGUGAAGGUGGGCGGCGGAGUUGCCGGAUCUCUAUUGGGGUUGGGCAUCCUCGGAGGAAACCUAGGGAAGGCGGUUAUCCUAGCCCUCUGUGAAAGGGAAUUCAUUGUACUGCACGACAUGUUAUGA